AUGCAGCCGCGCGGCGAGCGCCCGGCCGGCAGAACGCAGAGCCCGGAGCACGGCAGCCCGGGGCCGGGACCCGAGGCGCCGCCGCCGCCGCCGCCGCCGCCGCAGCCGCCCGCCACCGAGGCCGAGCGUGCACGGGCCCGGCAGACCCGGCCCACAGCCCCCAUGGAGGGCAUGCAGCUGCUGAGCCGGGAGGGCCACACCGUGUCCCACAACUCCAAGCGGCACUACCAUGAUGCCUUCGUUGCCAUGAGCCGCAUGCGACAGCGCGGCCUCCUGUGUGACAUCGUUUUGCACGUGGCCGCCAAGGAGAUCCGAGCUCACAAGGUGGUGCUGGCCUCCUGCAGCCCCUACUUCCACGCCAUGUUCACAAAUGAGAUGAGCGAGAGCCGCCAGACCCACGUGACGUUGCAUGACAUCGACCCUCAGGCCUUGGACCAACUGGUGCAGUUUGCAUACACGGCCGAGAUUGUGGUGGGCGAAGGCAACGUGCAGACUCUGCUCCCGGCUGCCAGCCUUCUGCAGCUGAACGGCGUCCGUGACGCCUGCUGCAAGUUCCUGCUGAGUCAGCUUGACCCCUCCAACUGCCUGGGCAUCCGGGGCUUUGCCGACACACACUCGUGCAGCGACCUGCUCAAGGCAGCACACAGGUACGUGCUGCAGCACUUCGUGGACGUGGCCAAGACCGAGGAGUUCAUGCUGUUGCCACUAAAGCAGGUGCUGGAACUGGUCUCUAGUGACAGCCUGAACGUGCCUUCAGAGGAAGACGUCUAUCGUGCCGUCCUGAGCUGGGUCAAGCACGACGUGGAUGCCCGGAGGCAGCACGUCCCGAGGCUGAUGAAGUGUGUGCGUCUGCCCCUGCUGAGCCGGGACUUCCUCCUGGGCCAUGUGGAUGCUGAGAGCUUGGUGAGGCACCACCCUGACUGCAAGGACCUGCUCAUCGAGGCCCUCAAGUUCCACCUGCUGCCAGAGCAGAGAGGUGUCCUGGGCACAAGCCGCACUCGGCCCCGACGCUGUGAGGGUGCUGGCCCCGUGCUCUUCGCUGUGGGUGGCGGGAGCCUGUUCGCCAUCCAUGGCGACUGUGAGGCCUACGACACACGCACGGACCGUUGGCAUGUGGUGGCCUCCAUGUCCACACGCCGAGCCCGAGUGGGCGUGGCGGCAGUUGGGAACCGGUUGUACGCAGUGGGCGGUUACGACGGGACUUCAGAUCUGGCCACCGUAGAGUCGUACGACCCUGUGACCAACACCUGGCAGCCCGAGGUGUCCAUGGGCACGAGGCGCAGCUGCCUGGGUGUGGCUACCCUGCACGGGCUCCUGUACGCAGCCGGUGGCUACGACGGGGCCUCGUGCCUCAACAGUGCCGAGCGCUAUGACCCCCUGACCGGAACGUGGACGUCCAUCGCCGCCAUGAGCACCCGCAGACGAUAUGUCCAUGUUGCUAUGCUUGAUGGCAACCUAUAUGCAGUGGGCGGUUACGACAGCUCCUCGCACCUGGCCACUGUGGAGAAGUAUGAGCCCCAGGCGAACACGUGGACGCCGGUGGCCUCCAUGCUGAGCCGGCGCAGCUCGGCGGGCGUGGCGGUGCUGGAGGGAGCCCUCUACGUGGCUGGCGGCAACGACGGCACCAGCUGCCUCAACUCUGUGGAGAGAUACAGUCCCAAGGCCGGUGCCUGGGAGAGUGUGGCGCCCAUGAACAUCCGAAGGAGCACCCACGACCUGGUGGCCAUGGACGGCUGGCUGUAUGCCGUGGGGGGCAACGACGGCAGCUCCAGCCUCAACUCCAUCGAGAAGUACAACCCGAGGACCAACAAGUGGGUGUCCGCGUCCUGCAUGUUCACUCGGCGCAGCAGCGUGGGCGUGGCGGUGCUGGAGCUGCUCAACUUCCCGCCUCCAUCCUCGCCCACGCUGUCCGUGUCGUCCACCAGCCUCUGA